UUUAUGUUUUCAUCUGUACAGAGGUUAUGCGAUUAUGUGUGUGACCUUCUGCUGGAGGAGUCCAACGUUCAGCCUGUUUCCACUCCUGUAACAGUAUGUGGUGACAUACAUGGACAGUUUUAUGAUCUGUGUGAACUCUUUCGAACUGGGGGCCAGGUUCCAGACACAAACUACAUAUUUAUGGGUGACUUUGUUGACCGAGGAUAUUACAGCCUGGAGACGUUCACCUACCUGCUGGUGCUGAAAGCCAAAUGGCCUGACCGCAUCACGCUUCUACGUGGAAACCACGAGAGCAGACAAAUCACCCAAGUCUACGGCUUUUAUGAUGAGUGCCAGACCAAGUAUGGGAAUGCAAAUGCCUGGCGUUAUUGCACUAAAGUGUUCGACAUGUUGACAGUUGCAGCUCUGAUGGACGAACAGAUCCUGUGUGUCCACGGAGGCCUCUCCCCAGACAUUAAAACUCUGGAUCAAAUCCGAACCAUCGAGCGGAACCAGGAGAUCCCCCACAAAGGAGCGUUUUGUGAUCUGGUGUGGUCAGACCCUGAAGACGUGGACACUUGGGCCAUCAGCCCCAGAGGAGCUGGAUGGCUCUUUGGUGCAAAGGUCACAAAUGAGUUUGUUCACAUCAACAACCUGAAGCUGAUCUGCAGGGCACAUCAACUCGUCCACGAGGGCUACAAGUUCAUGUUCGACGAGAAGCUGGUCACAGUGUGGUCGGCUCCCAACUACUGCUAUCGCUGCGGAAACAUCGCUUCCAUCAUGGUCUUCAAAGACGCCAACACAAGAGAGCCAAAGCUCUUCAGAGCAGUGCCUGACUCUGAGAGGGUCAUCCCACCUCGAACAACAACACCGUAUUUCCUGUAAGCACGUUCAAACCAAAACCACACGGCCAUGUGUUCAGUGCACAGAUGGUGACUGUGACAGUGGCAUCAGCACUUGUGAACCCAUAUAAAUUUUGUAUUGUACAUUUAGAGUAUUUACAGUGCUUUUGGUGCCAACUGUAAGAUGUUAUUCCCACUGUGGCAUUUAAUGCCUCUGUUCUGCAGCUUAGAUCAUACUGAGAUAUUACGGCAGUAGUAAAGUUGCUCAACAGUGUUGCUGUGCUGUUGAAAUGUUUUAGAGGAAGGAUUAAAACCACACAGAAGACAGCUGACCCUUGUAAAGUGUUCAUAUUUAUAAAUCUCAGUUUUACUUUACUAUAGAAACUCUGCUGAGCAAAUUGCAGGUGCAGUGUUAUAUACAAUGAUUAAUUUUAUUUUGUUAUGUAAUGUAUUAAUGCUGGGUGUAACAUAAAGCAUUGCACAAAGGCAAAAAAUAAACCUGACAAAUUUCAAUGGAGGUAUACACUUAGUGUUAUCAUGUGAUCUCAUAAAUAAACAUGUAACCCUGAGAGUUGAUGUGUAAAAAAGAUAAAAGUGUAUCCACUUGUUAGAGAUCUCUGUAAAGUUACGCCUGUGGUACCGCAAAAGCUUCUCUGUGAUUUCCAGAUUUGGAAUCGGCUCUUGUAAUUAUUCUUUCACUGUGUGUCACCAUACUGUUUUUAAAUAAAGAAAUCCAAAAAUUGUAAA